AUGUAUAUCAUCACCAAAUCACUGCCACUCUUCACUCACUCAUCCAUUAACCCAUUCAACAGAUCGCUUAGCAUUGGAUCCGUUUCAUUAACCAUCGGCACAAAUCCCACACCAGACAUGAUCUCUUUAUUCACAUCACUGUCCAAACUGUGGCGCAUAAGACACGUGCACAUCGAUGGCCUGGUCUUCCGCCUGCACUACAUGCUGACCGUCAUUAUCCUCCUGUCCUUCUGUAUCAUCAACUCAUCCAAACAACUGUUGGGCGAACCCAUCGUCUGCGAGACCGGUCGGGGCGCCAUCGACGCCAAGAUUAUCAACACUUUCUGUUACAUACACUACACGUACACCGUCUUCGACGCCACCGACCAAAAGACAUCGCGAACUGAUCCACAUCUGCACCGCAGUAUUGGCGCCGACAGCGACCGCAUCGCCCCCACUAACCAUCCCUACUAUCAGUGGGUGUGGUGUGUCUUACUGUUGCAGUCGAUAUGCUUUUAUCUCCCGCACUGGCUCUGGAAGUGCUGCGAAGGCAACAAAAUCUCGUCACUCGUCUCAUCGGAUCUCAAUUACUUCGACGACACGGCGAAGGACCAGAAGAUCGCUCUUAUUGUCCGCUAUCUGACGGACAGUCGCGGCCGACACGACUGGUUCGCCAUCAAGUACUUCGCGUGCGAAGCGCUGGCCCUCUUCAACGCCAUCAUACAAAUCGUGGCCAACAAUGCGUUUCUGGACGAACGGUACGCCACGUAUGGCAGGGAUGUACUGGUGGACUGGUGGGCCAAAUCGGAUCCUAAAAUCAUUGGCGACCCCAUGCAGAGAGUAAUUGAUGCCAUUUUAAAGAUGUGUUUUGUGUCUUAA